UAGCCGCAUCCAAAGAUUUGUCUUAGUGUGUUACUAGGUAACGUCGGGAUGAAGUGGUUAGUUCUGUUGGCAGGUGUAACCCUAGCGCUAGCGGCGGUGCCUCGAGCGCCGCAGCCGCGGGACCUUCUCAUUGAUGAACACGAAGAUGGCGGUCUUGUUGUCACCAUCGUCAGUAACGACGUCUCAACGGUUCUGGGUGUGAUUGGACGGAAGGUGGAUGUCGACGACCCGGGCGUGCAGUUCUCCAUUACAGGGGAGACAGACGAGGCCAGCGGCGGGUACAAGGUCACCGUCUCCUGGGAUGGACCCCGGGACGCGGUCUUUGAAGACUGCUAUGGAUUCCGUGACCGCAACUGGUACGGAGGUCCGCAACAGAAAGAGCAAUACUGGCCUUUGGAGAACGCCAAGCUGAGUAAAUACUCAGUCGUCUCCAAGGAGGAAGACAACGCGGCGGUAUCCGAACGAUACUGGCUCAACUCCCGUGGCACAUACUUCUACGUGUACCCUGAAGUCCCCCUCUUCGUCGACUACCACAACGUCCUAGACGGCCACAUGUGCUUCAUCGCUGAAGUCGCAGACCCUUACUCCUCCAAGCGAACCCACAAUGUCCUCAAAUACGAUAUCUGGUUCUUUGACAACCCGAAGAUCGCACAUCAGCACGCCGUUGACAAUUACUUGGGGAAACCUACAGGAAUACCUGAUUACAGGAUGAUUCAGUACCCCGUUUGGUCGACUUGGGCGAGAUAUGAACGAGAAAUUGACCAGGAUAUCCUGUGGGCGUUCGCAAAUGAAAUCAAAGACAGUGGUUUCCCCAAUGCUCAGUUUGAGAUUGAUGAUCUCUGGGAGAUCUGUUAUGGUUCUCUGACUGUUGAUGAGAAGAAGUUGCCUAAUUUCAAACAGCUGAUCCAGGAUAUCAAGGGCUUGGGAUUCCGCGUCACUAUCUGGGUGCAUCCGUUUAUUAACAAAGGCUGCGAUCCUUGGUACACUGAAGCUUUGGAGAACGGAUACCUAGUCCUGAACGAGGAAGGCAGCCCCGACUCGUCGUGGUGGAACAACAACGGGACCGUACCUGGAUACAUUGACUACACCAACCCGGCGGCUGCGGAGUGGUAUUCCAAUAGACUACGCACCCUGCUUGAGACUUAUGAUAUAGACAGCUUCAAGUUCGAUGCUGGCGAGUCCAGUUGGUCUCCACAGAUCCCCGUGCAACCGGGCGACAUCGACCUGCAUCCCUCGUACAUCGUGCAGUCCUAUGUCAGGACCGUCGCAGAGUUCGGACCUAUGAUAGAAGUCCGUGCUGGAAUGAGGACCCAAGACCUCCCAAUCUUCAUCAGGAUGGUCGACAAGGACACAUACUGGGGCUUCAACAACGGCCUGAGGACCUUAGUGACCACUCUCCUCCAGAUGAACCUGAGUGGCUACACCCUGGUCUUACCCGACAUGAUCGGAGGCAACGGCUACAAUGAAGAUCCGAGCAAAGAAUUGUUUGUCAGGUGGCUUCAAGCUAACGUCUUCAUGCCCACACUGCAGUACUCCUAUGUGCCGUGGGACUUCGAUGAUGAGGCUGUAGAGAUCUGCCGACGCUACACACAGCUCCACGCCGAUCUAGCUGACGAAAUCGUGGCUGCCAUGCAGCAGUCAGUGCUGGCUGGCACCCCCGUCAACCCCCCCAUCUGGUGGUUGGAUCCCACUGAUGAAGAAGCCUUGCAACUCAAUGAUGAAUUCCUACUCGGCGAGAAGUACCUGAUAGCUCCAGUAAUGGAGGAGGGGGCGGAGUCUCGAGAUGUGUACCUGCCGCGCGGCUCCUGGCGCGACGGGGUGACUGGGAACUUAAUCCAGGGUCCCACCUGGUUGAGAGACUACCCUGCACCUUUGGACACUCUGCCCUACUUUACCCUUGAGAGUUGACGAGUUUGAUUACAUGUAUAAAAUAAACAUGCUAUGCCUGUUGGUAAACUCA